AUGCCAUCCCUAUCCAAGACCCUCACAGCCCUCGCGCUACUAACACAAACACUCGCGUUGACUCUAACAAAACCACUCAACUCCCGUGCAUCAACCUGUACACCGAAAUCAGGGGGAUCAUCUUCAGUGGAUGAUGUUCCAGCCAUCACAUCCGCCAUUGCAUCAUGCGGAAAUGGAGGAACAAUCAUUAUACCUGCUGGAAGUACAUACUACUUGAACAGUGUGCUUGACUUUUCUGGUUGCACUGGCUGUGACUUCCAAGUCGAAGGUCUACUGAAGUUCUCAUCAUCGACAAGUUACUGGGAAGGCCGUACAGCCAUGAUCAACGUGAAGAAUAUCAAUGGCCUUAAGAUUCGCUCCUUGACCGGAAGUGGAGUGAUUGAUGGGAAUGGACAGAAUGCAUGGGAUCUCUUCGCAAGCGACAGCAGCUACGCCCGCCCAACUCUCCUCUACAUCACAGGCGGCUCAAACAUCGAAAUCUCGAAUCUUCGCCAGAAAAACCCACCCAACGUCUUCAACUCCGUCAAGGGCAACACAGAGGGCAUAACCUUCUCCAAGUUGAAAAUGGACGCAACCUCCAAGAGCGACAACGCGCCCAAAAACACCGACGGUUUCGACAUCGGUGCCAGCACCGAUGUCACCAUCAGCAAUGUCAACGUUAGCAAUGACGACGACUGUGUCGCCUUUAAACCAGGGUGUGACGGUGUCACAGUCACGGAUAUCACCUGCACGGGGAGCCAUGGGCUAUCGGUUGGAUCUCUGGGUAAAUCAUCCGCCGAUACAGUAAAAAACAUUUAUGUCUCUGGCGCGACAAUGAUCAAUUCCACCAAGGCACUAGGUAUCAAGACAUACCCAUCAGGCGGAUCUCAUGGUCUAUCCACUGUGAGCAAUGUGACAUGGAGUGGAGUUGUGGUCCAGGGGUGCGACUAUGCGGUUCAGAUUCAGAGUUGCUAUGGGGAGGAUAGCGAAUACUGUGAAGACCAUCCCGGGAAUGCGAUAUUGUCUGGCAUUGUAAUUGAGGAUGUUAGCGGUGUGACGAGUGGGAAGUAUGGAGCUGUGACGGGCAAUUUGGAUUGUGGAUCUGGGGGCAUUUGUGAUGUCAAGAUGAGUUCUUAUACAGUGAAGCCGAAGUCUGGCAGUGGGCAAAUUCUUUGUGCGAACACGCCGUCUGGUUUGGGGGUUACGUGUACGGCUGGGGCAUCGGGGUAA